AUGCGGCCUGACCCUGCCAGUAUAACUCAGUUGGUUAAUGCAGCAUAUCAUAAAGAUACUCACCUCUCAUAUAAAAACCAUGUUGUAUCCAUCAGUGAUGGUGCUGGCAAGCUGUCUGGUCCUACUAUCCAUGUUCCCUCAGCAUCCAGCUCUCAGCGUCCUGGACAGAUGAAAUUGAAUCCCUUGGUCCGUUCCCGCUCCAAUGGCUAUACCACAGAACACCAGUUGUAUGAAGCAGAGAAUGCCCGGUAUCGUCAACUCGCAUAUGCAAAGGGUGGAGAUACACUUUCAGUUCAUAUAUCCAUAUGCUACCAGUCCAUCGGACGCAAAGAAUUGACUGAAUUGCCUAAACUUUCAGACAUGUUCAAAGACUUUGAUGCACAUCUUUCAAGUCAUGCAAUCCAGAAAGCUACAAUUGAUCAUGCAUUGGUCAAGUUACAAGUGCAUCAGGCAAACCUCGCACCUGGUUUCAUAUUUAAGUGGAAUACUGCUGAGUUUAAUCUACGUGACAUUUCAAAACAGAAAAUAAAACAGAUUGGAGCAGGGACGGACCUAGAUGGGCUGACUGUUAAGAUAUACGGUUCCGACAAUCCUUAUCUGCUAACAUAUGGCCAUCGUCUAGAGAAGGGGGAUAAAAAGUGGAAGCCUCCAAAGACACCUGUGUACCUUCGCGUUGAAAUAUCCGCUGAGGAGUACAAUCGUUUUGAUGAGGCAUUAACUGAGUAUCAGGAAUUUCAAGAUCAUCCCUCUGACAAAGAUAGUGAAGGUGAUGACAAUGAUCAUACUAGACAUUUUCACCACCCCGGCAGUAACUUGGCCAACCAAACACUUGAAGCUGAGCUCAAUUACUUGGACCUCAAUGCUCCUAAUCAAAUUCCAGCUUCCUCUGAUCUGACCACCGCAAAUCCAAUCCAAGUUGAAAGUGAGCAUGUUAAAAUCACUGGUGGCUCUAAUAUUAGUAAGCGUGCUCGAAGUGGAUCACUGGCAUCACCUCCACGCACAGUUAAAAAGCUCAUGUUUGGAGAUCACCCACUCAGACAGCAUUUCGAGCCAGCCUUUAUCACGGUGGAUGCUCUAUUGGCGCAUCAAACGGUACGUGAAGGUGACUGA